GAGUGAAGAGUAUGGGCCUCUGUAACGACCCAGUAUAAUAUAAAUGAUGAAAAUAAAAAAUGGUUGUAGGCAUGAUAACAAACUCGAAGAUCAGAAAUAAGUGAGAAUUUAGGAGAAUUACACACAUUGUACAAAGACAUUAGAGAAAAGGAUGAAAAGCGAUGGUUACAUUUUGAUGUUAAAUUUGGUGAUGAUGGUCGUUUUGGUUAAGAAGAGUGAAGGGGUGUGGCUGAGCUUACAUGCGGUUGGAAGCAAGUGUGUUUCCGAGGAAAUUCAUGGCAACGUUGUUUGUUUAGGCGAUUACAUGGUUGAGGAUCCUCAGGGUUCCCAUCCUACUAUCUCUGUCCGGGUUUCAUCACCUUACGGGACCACUAUUCACAGCAGAGAGAAUGUGACACAUGGUCAAUUUGCAUUUACCACAAGCGAGGCUGGUCUAUACCUCACAUGUUUCUGGACAAAUCACCCCGGAGAGUUAAGUGUCAACUUGGACUGGAGAAUUGGAAUAGCUGCAAAGGAUUGGGACUUGAUUGCCAAAAGAGAAAAGAUUGAGGGUGUUGAACUUGAAUUGAGAAAGCUUGAAGCAGCAGUGGAGGCCAUCCAUGAAAAUAUAUUUGACUUGAAACGCAGAGAGUCUGAGAUGAGAAUAGUGAACGAAGUCACAAAUUCUAGAGUAGCAUGGUACAGUUUCAUGUCCUUGAGUGUGUGCAUUGUGGUUUCUGCAUUACAGAUAACACACUUGAAGCGUUUUUUUCAAAAGAAGAAGCUAAUCUAGCUAGUUCCACUUAGUUAUGAUGUGUAGCAGACUAGGAGCUGAUUAUAUUGUAAAAUCUUUUUACCAUAAAUAUGCUGAAGGCACAUUUUGCACUAUUAGUAUCACCUGCACAUUACUAUUGAAAUAAUGACAGCUUUAUCUCUAACAUAUAAAUGUAUAUAUAAUGACAAACUGACUGGAAUGUGUUAUGUUCAACAUACUGCUCCACACUGUUCACUUUUUUGUGCGAACUUUAAACCAAGGUUAGUAAUUGUUCACCUCUGUUACUCGUGAUUUCCAACAUUUUACUACAUUGGCGGUCCGGCAGAUCACCAAACUCAAUAAAUUAUUUGCUCCAGAGAGCUUCUUCAGUGUAGCUGAUACAUUCAGACCUAGGAAGAACUCAAUAAUGGUGUAAUCCAGAAAACAGGACCAGGUAAAGAGACAAUCAUGGGUGGUUCUUCCUUUGGUUCUGUGUUGAUAACAGAUGGACAACCCUUCUCUUUGGUGCUCACUGGAUCUUCGGAAAGAACUGUAAUAUAUG